GGAGGUGUGAGCCCGGCCCUUUCUCAUGCAUUGCUGAUUUCUGACAGACCAUAAAUCGAAUUGCUAAGACUGCAUAAAAAGGAAAGGGGGAUAUUUGAAGGGGAAUUAUGCACAAUGGCUUUAACAUUCUCCCCUCCUUUCCCCCCUUAAAAAGAAAAGCAGACCAGCACUUCUCAAGAAAGAGAACAGGGUUAAAGGAGGGCAACAGGAAAGAAGGUAUGUGAGCUGUGUGAUCUGCAGAUGCAGGGCCACCGCAGCUGUCACAUGACGUGGAUUUCCGCUUUGACACACUUUGCUCUGGGUUGCACCCACAGCCGGGCAGGGCCACACAAUCACCGGGGAGCUGCUGCAGCAGGACGCGAUGCUGCUGUGAGCAGGACUACUCUACCAUGCAGUCCACCAUGAAUGUUAAUGGAGUCCCACGCCAGGGCAGCCAGAACAAUGACUUUGUGGAUAAUAACUCCCUAAAGAAGAAGUCCCUGUGGUACCGGCGCUCCCUGCGGGGCAGCGCUGACCGGGCACGGCCCCACAGCGGCUCCCUGCCCAGAGUCUGCAAGCCCAAGCACACCCGCACCAACUCGCUGGUUGAUUACGCAGACCCACAAAGGACAACUAUUGUAUUAGAAAAACAAGACAAUGAAACAUUUGGUUUUGAAAUUCAGACUUAUGGCAUGCGGCUGAACAACAGCUCUGCGCUGGAGAUGUGCACGUUAGUGUGCAAGGUGAAGGAGGACAGCGUGGCUGAGAGCGCAGGGCUGACCGCAGGUGAUGUGAUAGUCACCAUCAACGGUGUCAGCAGUGAAGGACUGUCACAUCAGCACAUACUUGAUCUAAUAAGAGAAUCGACCAACAGUCUACAGCUGCAGACUGUGUGUGGGAAUAUCGUGAAGCAGAUAGAGCUGAAGAAGAGACUGAACGUGCUCGAGCAAUCGCUACGUGAGAAGUGGCUCGAGCUUCGGGAGCUUACUUUACAGGAAAAACGUCUAAUGCGAGGUCAUUUGGACGACAGCAGUCUGCACCUGCUGAUGGACUCCUCGGCCGCUCUGAGCUCCCCCGUCGGCUACCGCGGCCGCCGUUUCUCCAGCGACAGCAGCUGCAGGAGUGCGAUGACGGAUGACAGCGACCAGGCCAGCGUGUUCGGGGAUCCCAGCUCCUUCAGCCCCUGCAGCGCAGUCAGCGCCGCCUCGGACGACGGCUGCUUCUUCUCCAAAGACUUCUCGUCGCAGAACAGCUUCAAGAGGGUUUCGUCGAGCUCCGGCUACCGCCACCAGCCCCUCAGCCGCUCCAGCAGCUCCAGCUUGGCCAGCGGCAGCAGCUCUCCGUCUCCCUCCUGGGAGGAAACCAGGAUCUCCUCGUUGUUCGGGACUCUGCCCCGGAAAGGCAGGAGAUCCAGCGUGCGCAAACACAUCUUCAAGUUGAUUCCUGGACUCCAGCGAUCGGUGGAAGAGGAAGAAAUGGGGACAACCACUUGAUGCUCACUCACCCCUUGUGACAGUUUAAUAUUCAGGGUUGGUUUAAAGGGUUUCACGUGGUGAAAACACACUUUUGAGGCUGGUUGGUCAAAGUUCACCCCCCCGUGCUUCCUGAGCCUUUACAAUGAUCCAAACUCACUGUUUGGAUUAAACUUGAAGAGCAAAAGCAUUAUCAAUAUGAGAGUGCGUUGGAUGAAUGUACACACAAAUGACUGUAUUGUAUAAUAUUUCACUUAUCCUACUAACUUGAAUAAAAAAGGCUUUUCUUUCUGCACAAUCACACUAUGAACAGCAUUAAUCAGAACGGCAUGAAUUACAGCAGCACAUGUAUAUUCAACUUUCUGUGGGAUAGAAAAGAGAAGCAGCACUUAUAUCAUGUUCAGGUGUUCAAAAGCAAAACCAAAUUUCUUAACCAUAUACCCGUCUGCUCCUCUCAAAACAGGAUGUGGCCAUGAGAGUACUAUUGAACACUUUUCACAUCCAAAAAUACUUUCAAGACACAUUUUGGUGCUCAGAAAAGCUGAUCUUUGUAAAUACUGCAUGUUCUGAAAAUUGUCCAAUUGUGCUUUUUGUACUAUGCUUUAUCUUCUGCAAUCAUAUCAAGAUGAAAUGUGAAAAAAAUUAAGAGUAA